GGUUUCCGAGGGACACAUUUCGAGCCUGCACCAAGCCGAGGAUGGCUGAACCGCCCUCUCCGCCAGAGCAGCCGGCGUCUCUAGAACUCAGUGGCGAGUUUAAAAAGCCGGUCUUGCCGGUGCUCCCGGUAGUGCGGGGUAAGGCUCCGGCCCCGAGUCCCCCGAGCCCCGAGGAAGGGAAGAAGGACUGUCCGACGGCGCUGCCAGACUCCGAUAGUGGGCAGCCCGACGUCCCGCCGCCUCAGUCAGACGGCCGGGAGACAAGUCCACAGGAACAGCCCCGCCCCCCACGGGUAGCUGUUUCUCCGGGAGGCCCGGCCCGGACUCGCCCGUACCAAGAGCCGUCAUGGGGCAGCCCUGCCACGGCCCCCUACAGCCUCGAAACCUUGAAGGGUGGCACUAUUCUUGGCACCCGCAGCUUGCAAGGCAUGAGCUGCUGCCUCUUCGGGAGACUGGCUAGCUGUGACGUCUGCCUGGAGCACCCUUCGGUGUCUCGGUACCAUGCAGUGCUGCAGCACAGGGGGUCCGACCCGGACGGAGCAGGCGACUCUCACGCGCAGGGCUUCUUUCUAUAUGAUCUGGGAAGUACCCAUGGCACUUUCCUCAACAAAACGCGCAUCCCACCCCGCACCUACUGUCGAGUCCACGUCGGGCACGUGUUUCGCUUUGGAGGCAGUACCCGGCUCUUCAUCCUUCAGGGACCAGAGGAAGACCGAGAGGCAGAAUCUGAGUUAACAGUAACUCAGCUGAAGGAACUGCGUAAGCAGCAACAGAUGCUAUUGGAGAAGAAGAUGUUAGGUGACGACUCAGAUGAAGAAGAAAUGGAUACCACUGAAGGGACAAGGAAUAUUAGUGAUCAAGAUGAUGACAUGGGUUGCACCUGGGGAAUGGGAGAAGACGCUGUAGAGGAUGAAGCUGAAGAGAACCCUGUUGCCUUAGAGUUUCAGCAGGAUCGGGAAGCCUUUUAUAUAAAGGAUCCAAAAAAGGCUCUGCUAGGUUUCUUCGACCGAGAAGGAGAAGAAUUAGAAUAUGAAUUUGAUGAACAGGGACAUAGCACUUGGCUCUGCAGGGUGAGAUUACCUGUAGAUGAUUCAACUGGGAAACAGCUGGUGGCUGAGGCCAUUCACUCAGGAAAGAAAAAAGAAGCAAUGAUCCAGUGCUCCUUGGAAGCGUGUCGGAUCCUUGAUACAUUGGGAUUGUUGCGACAGGAAGCGGUAUCCCGAAAGAGGAAAGCCAAGAACUGGGAAGAUGAAGAUUUCUAUGAUAGUGAUGAUGAUACAUUCCUUGAUCGGACUGGCCUAGUUGAGAAGAAACGUUUGAAUCGAAUGAAGAAGGCUGGGAAGAUUGAUGAGAAACCAGAAACUUUUGAAUCACUGGUUGCAAAGUUAAAUGAUGCUGAAAGGGAACUCUCUGAAAUUUCUGAGAGACUUAAGGCCUCAAGCAAAGGUCUGUCAGAGUCACCAUCUCAGGAUUCCUUAGAUGCAUUCAUGUCAGAAAUGAAAUCAGGGAGCGCAUUAGAUGGUGUGUCUCGAAAGAAACUUCACCUGAGAACUUUUGAACUAAGGAAAGAGCAACAGAGACUUAAAGGGUUAAUAAAAAUUGUAAAGCCAGCAGAGAUUCCAGAACUGAAAAAAACUGACCUUCAGACUACAGAUGCAGAAAACAAAGCUAAGAAACUUACAUUGCCUCUCUUUGGUGCCAUGAAAGGAGGAAGCAAAUUCAAAUUAAAAACAGGAACAGUAGGGAAAUUGCCCCCCAAGCGUCCAGAACUCCCUCCAGCGCUAAUGAAAAUGAAGGAUGAGCCUGAAGUAGAAGAGGAAGAGGAGGAGGAGGAGGAAGAAGAGAAAGAAAAGAAGGACCAUGAAAAGAAAAUGGAGGAUGGAAGCAAUAGGCUGCUGCAGGAGCCAGAGCCCGAUCCAGAAACAGCAGCUCAAGGCCGGAGUGCACCCGCAGAGCCCUUAUGCUCUAAGGAAGCGAGAAGCCAUGAAUCCAUGUCUCAAAUAGGCCAAGUGGAACAGAAUAAAGAUGGUCAAGAGAUGAACAAAAUAGCUUCACCACCUGAGGAACCUUCUGAAACUGAAUAUGAGAAAAGCAGAGAUGAAUUAAAGAAGAAGAAAGCUCUUGGUCUAGGCAAAUUUCCACCUAUACUUUCUUCCAAAUAUCCUGAAGAUGACCCAGACUACUGUGUAUGGGUCCCACCUGAAGGCCAAAGUGGAGAUGGCAGAACCCAUCUUAACGACAAAUAUGGCUAUUGAUUGGUUCAGAAUCCCAAAGGAAGACCUUGUGAACUGGAAGAUACUUGGGAUGAUACAUCAAGUUGAAUGGCCAGAGAAAUUAGAUGAUCAUUUAUAAAAUCUGGUGACUGGCUUUUUCUUCUGUGUUCUUGACUUCCUAAAUUUAUUUGCCCAUCUGAUUCUCCUGAACUUUGGUAUUUAUGUUUAAAAGUGUUUGUGUAUAUAUGUAAAAAGGAUAAAAAGGAACCAUAUGCUAUGGGAAUUAAUAAAGUAAAAGACAUGACUAUUAUAAAAUGA